AAAGUCAGUUUGUUGCUGUCCAAAGUCAAUGUCUGCAAUAAGCCACACAUGGGCAAGCCUCUCUCUCUCUCUCUUCCCCCUUCAUUUUCUUUGAAAUAAAUGAUCUCCAUUUGUCUGCUUGAUCUUUAAUCUCUACCUUAAAAGCAACCCUAAAGUGUCUCAAGACUAUACUAUUUAUUUGAUCAUAAUUUUUUUUUGUUUCUUACGAAGAAAACAUUACCAGCAGUUUGCUGUUAAGAGAUAUCCCGUUUUUCUAGCACCUUUUUCCCUUUUUGUUGUUUCGUUCUUUUCCUCUCUCUUGAGGCUUCGAGAUUCACCUUUUAGGCUUGGAUGUCCAGAUUAAGGGAAGGGUUUGAUGAGAUUGGAAAGAAUUUGAUGACAAGAGAGAUAGAUGCAGUGAUGGGAAGGAGACAUAUGUUGGGUCCUCCAGGAAAUUUAAACACAGUCACUCCUUGUGCAGCAUGUAAACUUUUGAGAAGAAGAUGUGCAGAAGAAUGCCCUUUUUCUCCUUAUUUCUCACCACAUGAACCUCAGAAAUUUGCAGCUGUUCAUAAAGUUUUUGGAGCAAGCAAUGUCUCCAAGAUGCUCAUGGAGGUGGCUGAGCCCCAAAGAGCUGAUGCAGCCAACAGUUUGGUUUUCGAAGCGAACGUGCGGCUGAGAGAUCCGGUCUAUGGAUGCAUGGGUGCAAUUUCAGCUUUGCAACAACAGGUUCAAACUCUACAAGCUGAACUUAAUGCAGUAAGGGCUGAGAUACUGAGAUAUAAGUAUAGAGAAGCUGCAAACACAUUCAUUGCUUCGAAUAAUGUGGCGGCGUUAUUUCCCUCCGGAACCGUGUCCGUGGCUGAGCUACCACAAGCUCCUCCUACUCCGACCACUUCUAGAACUGCUGCUGCUGCUCCACCACCAACAACUCCUCCUCCUCCACCUCCAACAGCUUCUGUUGUCUCUUCCUCAUCUUCAGCUCCAUCUUUGUACACUUCUCCUCCUAGCACAGCGAGCUUUAACAACAUUUCAAAUAAUAACAUACCAUAUUUUCACUGAUUUUGUUCAGCCAUAUAUAGCUCACCCCUUUCUUCAUUUUCCAGUAAGAAACUUGUAGUCCAAUAAAUCAGAAAAAGGCUUUAUUCACUACUAUAAUCAGAAAUUUGCAGAAAAUUUUCAGUAUAUUAUUAGCGUUUUUCUGCUUUUAAUCGAUGUUAAACUUUUUUCUCUUCCAAUCUUCAGUUUCAUCGUGUUCCAAAAAUUAAAACUGAAAAUAUAGAAAUAUUCCAAAAAAAAAAAAAAAAAAAAA